CAAACAAAUUUCAAAUAUUCAUCAGUCUUCUUUUCAUUACGUAUGAAAACACUUAUUUCAUAGUAUAAUACAUUGAGAUCUGUAUUCACCAAAACUUUGGAAAUGGCUGUUAAGUUGAUCGUGUUCGCCGCCCUGUUCGGGCACCUGGCACUAGCCUACCCACCUACCAUCUCCGAGCACAGCAGUUAUGAGACACACUACGACGACCACUACGCCCACGCACCCACACCGUACCACUUCGAGUACGCCGUGAACGACCCGCACACCCACGACAUCAAGAGCCAUCACGAGUUGAACGACGGACACGGAAACGUCAAAGGCUCGUACAGCCUUCUGGAAGCCGACGGUUCAACCAGGGUGGUCACUUACACCGCUGACCACGAACACGGUUUCAAAGCCGAGGUGAAGAAAAUCGAAGCUCCCGCUCACCAUCACUUCGACGCCACCAGUUACCACGAGCCAAUCUAUAGCUCGUACAAACCGUCUUCAAACUUUCACUCAUACUGAUGCGACGGUCGAUUGUAAAUUCCAUCAAAGGCGCCUUUUGGUUUUUUAUUGUGUAGGCAUAUACAUUCCCCAGGUAGGUUUACAGUAGGUUCGAAAAAUGUCGUAUUGUAACUAUUCAAGUCACCGAUGUGAUACACUUUCAAAUCGUACGUUGAAAAUAUAUUCUAGUAAAAUAAAACACAAUAUUUUCUUCACACUUAAAAAUUGAUUAUUAUUGGUGUUUUUCUUCAAUUGUUGUUCACCUCCAAUUCUGUGUAAUAUAAAACUAGCAAUCCAUUUUUGUCCUAGGAUUUUGGUAAAUUAAAUCACAAACGUUGUGUACAUUUUACACGCUCGCCCAAUACGCUUCUAUCGUAAUAAAAAUAUAAGCCGUGAGCGUAUAUGUCUUGUCCAAACACUGUUAUUUUCCGAUUGUUAACAUUUUGUUUUUUUUACAUAACUACCUUUUCCUUCAAUAUGAACUUCUAUUGUAUAAUUUUGUAUAGAAAUUUAGUUUGUACUUAUUGUUUUCCAGCCUAAUUAUUGAUAAAUUGCUUUUACGAAUAACAUUUCAUGAAUUUCACACUGUAAGUUAUUGUUACUCACCUAUGUAUGAUAUUUUAUUGAAAUGUAUUUUAAUAUUAUAGAAAAAUGUAUAAUUUUGUUUUUAUAUAUCUUUUAAGAAUGAUUUCCUACUGUCAAAAAUAACUGUCUACUAUUAACAAUAAUUAUUGUGAACCACGUAAAUACUGUUGAUGCGUUUA